CUAGCUUGAUCAAUGCGUGUGCCUUGCGCUCACUCACCCGUACUGAGAUGUAACAGAGGACGAUUCAGAAACGUAUUUAUUCAGCUACCUAGCUAAAUGGCAUCUCACAAGAAUCUGAGGAAAUCAUAUUAGCGUGUGCUGCAAUAACACGGGAGUGUUGAAAUCAUUUCGCCCUGGCUUCGUUACUGUUGACUACACAAUGCGGUCAGUGGCCAAUGAUCGCUACAGCCUGUGGAAGCUGGGAAUCACUCAUGUUCUGAAUGUUGCUCAUGGGAGGAUGCACUGUCAGGGGAGUCAUGACUUCUAUGGCUCCACUAUGGAUUAUUAUGGAGUGCCUGCUGAUGACUCACCAUCCUUUGACCUCUCUGGCUAUUUCUUUCCCUCUGCUGAGUAUAUUCACAGUGCACUUGACACGGCUGGUGCUCGGGUUUUUGUCCACUGUGCUGUUGGAGUGAGCAGGUCUGCCUCCCUAGUCCUGGCCUACCUAAUGAUCCACCACCAUUACACCCUAUUAGAGGCCAUCAACAAGGUCAAAGAGCACAGGUGGAUUUUCCCAAACAGAGGAUUCCUCAAACAGCUUCGUGCUUUGGAGAUUAAGCUAUGCAAGACAUCCUGAGUAAUCCUCCAUACUUCAUAGAUUUUCUAACCUACAGAACCUCAUAUGCCUGUUUUCCUCAGGAUAAAUAAAGGAUUCAGUAUCUGUCAGUGGAGGGAGAUUCUGUACU